UAGUAAUGUGGCGCAGUGACGUCGCCAGGCAGCGACUGGAACGGAUGACAGAGGUGACACCGGGGUGACCACCAUGCUUUUCCCUGUUUGCCGACUUGCCCUUCCCCCGCUCCGGGGUCUGCACAGUUCUCAUCGCGCUCUGAAUUCCUCGGUUCUGUAUGACGCUGUGAUUUCUGGAGGAGGAAUGGUGGGAAGUGCCAUGGCCUGCGCUCUGGGUUCUCACCCUCAUCUGCACCAAAAAAAGAUUCUUCUGCUGGAGGCGGGGCACAGGAAAGUGUAUGCUGACCCCUUACCGGAGCAGUUCAGCAACAGAGUCAGCUCCAUUACCCCCGGCUCAGCCACCCUCCUGGCCAGCUUUGGGGUCUGGGAUCACAUCUGUGCCAUGAGGAUGAGGCCAUACAAGAGAAUGCAGGUUUGGGACGCCUGUUCUGACGCUCUCAUCACAUUCGAUAAGGAAGGAUUGGAGGAUAUGGGAUACAUCAUUGAGAAUGACGUUAUCACAGCCGCGCUGACGAAACAGCUGGACGCCAUGUCAGACCGCAUUGAGGUCCUCUACCGGAGUCGGGCUGUGAACUACACCUGGCCAGCUCCUUAUCAUGACGAGAAGGGAUGCAACUGGGUGCAGAUACAGCUGGUUACAUCCUUCUAGAUUGGAGCAGAUGGACAGAACUCUAUGGUCCGCAGCACGGCCGGGAUGAAAACAGUUCAGUGGAGCUACAACCAUCUUGCUGUUGUUGCUACUUUGCAGUUGUCUGAGCCCACCGACAACAAUGUAGCCUGGCAGAGGUUCCUUCCCACCGGCCCCAUUGCUCUACUUCCUCUUUCAGAUACCUGCAGUUCCUUAGUGUGGUCCACGUCUCCUGAACAUGCGGCUGAACUCCUUAAGAUGGAUGAUGAAACCUUUGUAGAUGCUGUCAACUCAGCUUUUUGGAGCAGCGAGCACCACUCAGAAUUCAUCUCCUCUGCCAGCUCAGUGCUCAGCUCAGCUGUAUCGCUCCUCAUGCCGAGCGGAACCUCUGCACGUCAGCUUCCUCCCAGCGUCUCUGGUGUCGGCGAGAAGAGUAGAGCUGCUUUCCCUCUGGGAUUGAGUCACUCCCCUGAAUAUGUGCGCCAGCGGGUGGCUUUAAUCGGUGACGCCGCGCACAGGGUGCACCCCCUGGCAGGACAGGGAGUAAAUAUGGGCUUUGCUGAUGUGGCCAGUCUACUCAAUCAUCUGAGCAGCGCUGCAUUUGAUGGACGAGAUUUAGGAUCAACCAGACAUCUCCUGGCCUAUGAGACCGAGCGGCAGCGGCAGAACCUCCCUCUAAUGGCCGGCAUUGACUUGCUGAAAAGAUUGUACAACACUAAGCAGCCUCCAGUUGUGCUUUUGCGCACUCUUGGCCUCCAAGCUACGAACGCCAUGAUGCCACUGAAGGAACAGAUACUGGCGUUCUUUUUAGAGGAGCCGCGUCAUUAUAACCCUCCCCCCCUAUAG